GUAUGGAGAGCUUCAUGGCUUCUCGGCCUCCGCUACUUCUUCCUCUCCCUCGCCUCUCUCUUUCUCUCCUCGUGGCCAUCAGCCAUCUCCUUGUGUCAUUCCGCUUGGUUUCUAUCGUCUUAUCUAUAUCCCCCGUUUCAUCUGCUGUGCCUUACUUUCUUCUAGAAGCCGCAGAAUGCCAACCCGCACCGCACUCGGCAUCACACGGGAGAUCGCGCAUUCGACCCAUAUGAACGCGCACUUCAUAUCGAAUUCAUGUCGGCAUCUAGUCCGUAGGCACCAAAUGGGUGAAGUCUUCAAGCAUUGUCUUUUCUCUCAGUGACACAAUCCUGGUCUUCCUGUUCGCAUAUUGGGGUUUUG